GCUGGCUGCACUCCAGACGUGUUGACCCAGAGGUGUCAGUUUCUGCUUUCCCAGGGACUCGCGCCCUCCACUCGGCGUGUUUAUCUCUCUGCUCAACGUCGCUAUAUUGACUUUUGCCGCCGGGAUGGUCGCCUUAACAGCGAUGGCUCCUUCGCUCCUGCCGAUGAGGAGACUCUCACGCGCUUUGCUUCACUCUUGGCCGACUCCUUGACCCACGCCUCUAUAAAAGUGUACCUGUCAGCAGUACAUUCCCUACACAUUGACCAUGGCUUGUCGGACCCUUUCGUCAACUGCCUUCGCUUGCAGCGUUUGCUCAGGGGAAUUAAGCGGGUUCAAGGUCCAGUAUCACCCCGGCGCCUGCCUAUCACCCUGGAUCAUCUGCGGGCGAUUCAACAUCUUCUGGACUUCUCCACGAGAGACCAUGUGAUGCUGUGGCCGGCAUGCUGUUUGGGUUUCUUCGGUUUCUUACGAGCUGGGGAGUUCGCGGUGAAUUCCGCUUUUCAGCCUAGUAUCCAUAUGACUGUUGCUGACCUGCAAGCUGAUUCCCUGGUGAAUCCUACCUGUUUUAACGUUCAUAUCAAGUGCUCUAAGACUGAUCCGUUUCGCAUGGGCUGUGAUAUAUAUGUGGGGCGUGGUGAGGGCCUGGUUUGUCCCAUCCGUGCCUUGGGCAACUUCUUGGCUCUGCGUGGCUCUUCUGAGGGUCCUCUCUUUACUUUUAGUGACGGUCGCCCUCUUACUCGUAAACAGUUGUCAUCUACAGUUCAGUCUAUCUUGCACUCAGCUGGCUAUACUGGCUCCUAUUCAGGCCAUAGCUUCUGUAUUGGGGCAGCAACUACAGCUGCUGCUCGGGGAGUUCCGGAUCAUCUGAUCAAGACCCUAGGCCGGUGGUCUAGUGAUGCCUACCAGAUUUAUAUUCGCACUCCAGUUAGCUCCAUCGUCCACGUAUCCAGACAGCUGGCUGCAUAGCAGGUAUCUCUACUACCUUUGGGGCUGCCGUGGGGGUGGGUGCCUCAGGGUUGGGCCCUCGGGGCCUGGGGCUCUGCAGCCCCGAGCCCCCUUGCUCCGGGUUUCCUACCCGGAGGUCCCUUCGGCUUAGCGCGGGGGGGCUCGUGGCUGGGUUGCGGGUUGGUAGGCCUGUGGGUGUUCUUCUGCCUUGGGGUGUAUUGCGGUUGCAGCCCCCUGGCCCAUGGGCACCCAACCUCCACUUGCGACGCAGGCGUUAAAUACUAUUAA